AUGGCGCCUGUGCCGGCUCUUCUGUGGCGCUCGCUGCGAGUUCAUCAGGUUUAUGGUGCGAACACAGAUGUCGGGAAGACCAUUUUCAGUACGGUUUUGUGUAAUUCGGCGGCGAAAUCGGGCGAGAGGACGUGGUUUCUGAAGCCUGUUUCUACAGGAGCGCCUCAUGAAGCUGAUAGCUGGUAUGAAAAUUCCAUUGUUCAUAUACAAAGAUAUGCUCCGUCGACUACCCACGAAACCCUCUUCCAAUACGACAUCCCUUGCAGCCCGCACAUAGCUGCUAAAGCUUCUGGCAAGCCAAUUCCUUCCGACGAAGCUGUUCUCGCGAGAAUCCAUGCAUCUGUUUCGCAGAGCGCAUCUCAAGGCCCUGGAUGGUUGUUCCUAGAGACCGCCGGGGGCGUUCACUCUCCCGGUCCCUCUGGAACACCACAGGCAGAUCUGUACGCUCCAUUGCGUGCGCCUGUAAUUCUCGUUGGUGAUUCUAAGCUUGGUGGUAUCUCGCAGACCAUCUCCGCGUACGAGUCGUUGAGAAUGCGCGGCCAUAAUAUUGAGUCGAUUCUUCUGUUCCAGGACAUCAAGUACGAGAACUACCAGUACCUCCAGGAAUACUUUACAAAGCUGGGCGGCAUUCCAGUUGACACUCUUCCUGAGCCGCCUACGCGACUGGGCAAUGAGAAAGACGACAUCGAGCAGAUGAAGGAGUAUUACGCCUCUUUGAGCAACGGCAGCGUACAGCAUGUGCUUGAAAGUCUGGAUAAACGAGGCAAAGAACGAGUUGCACGUCUUGAAUCCAUGAGCGAAAAGGCAAGUAAGCACAUUUGGUACCCAUUCACUCAACAAAAGCUCGUCUCGGCAGACACCAUUUCAACAAUUGAUUCAGCCCACGGAGAUUAUUUCCAGGUCCUCAACAAAAACUCCCAGAACCUUCUGCAACCUGCCUUUGACGGUUCUGCUUCCUGGUGGUCUCAGGGUCUUGGUCAUGCAAACUCUCGUCUUACCCUUGCCGCGGCCUACGCAGCUGGUCGAUACGGACACGUCAUGUUUGCCGAGGCUAUUCACGAGCCUGCUCUAGCCCUAGCCGAGAUGCUUCUGAAGGGAGCGCAGAAUCCGAGAUUCUCGAGGGUGUUUUACUCUGAUAAUGGAAGCACAGGCUGUGAGGUUGCAGUCAAGAUGGCUCUGAGAGCUGCAAGGCUCCGAUAUGGUUGGGGACCUAAUGAUAAUGUUCAUAUCCUUGGACUCAAGGGAAGUUAUCACGGAGAUACAAUUGGCGCAAUGGACUGUGCUGAACCUUGUGUCUACAACGAAAAGAUCGAAUGGUACGAGGGUAAGGGAUACUGGUUUGACUAUCCUACCAUCCAAUGCGUCAAGGGAGAAUGGGUUGUCCAGGUGCCCGAAGGUCUUCGCGGUGACCUCGGACAAGAUUCUCAUCUCAAAUCCAUCUCGGAAGUUCUCGAUGUCGAGGCUCGGCUUAAGACCGAGCAGUACCGAAAGUAUGAAAGCUACAUCGAGAGCGUUCUAAAGAAACUACAAGAUGCUGGUCGCAAGUUUGGCGCUCUCAUGAUGGAGCCUAUCAUUCUCGGCGCAGGAGGCAUGCUAUUUGUUGAUCCCCUCUUCCAAAGAGCGCUGGUGGAUGUGGUCCGUCGAUCCCCUCACCUCUUCGGCAACGGUGACACACUAGACCCACUCUCGUGGUCUGGACUCCCGGUAGUCUUCGACGAGGUUUUCACCGGCUUGUACCGACUGGGACGGUUUUCGGCGGCGUCCUUUCUCGGCACCAACCCCGACAUUUCCGUCAACGCUAAAUUACUUACAGGCGGUCUCGUCCCGCUGUGCACCACCAUGGCCUCCGAGGCUAUCUUUGACACCUUCAAGAGCGACGACAAGAGCGAUGCGCUCCUCCAUGGACAUAGCUACACGGCGCAUGCGGUUGGGUGUCAGGUCGCUGUUGAGUCGGUGAAAGAGAUGCAGAGUAUGGAGAGCACGGGGGUUUGGGAGUGGGCAGAGAAGGACUGGGAGCCUCAGGUCUGGUCUGUGUGGUCUCGCGACUUUGUCAACACGCUUUCACAUGAUCCGCAGGUCUUGGGUGUCUGGGCUCUUGGGAGUGUUUUGGCCAUCAGUCUUCGAGACGACGAUGGUGCUGGGUAUAAGAGUCUGGCUGCUAAGAAACUGCAGACGCAUCUUCGAGAGGGAACUGGGUCUUGGAACGCUCACAGUAGGGUUCUGGGGAAUGUCUUUUAUGUCAUGGCCAGUCAAAAGACGAGCCGACAGAGUCUUGAGGAACUGCAGGGUCUGUUGUUGGGUGCGUUGGCUAAAUAG